AAAGAAAAACUAAAAGUGCAUUGGCCGACAGCAACGAAACGAUGGCGAUGGCAUCGCUAUUUAGAAAGUGCAUGAGAUUGCGGCCCUUCUCGUCGCCUCUAAAUAAGUUAAGAGGCUGCAAUGUUCGCUGUUUGGGGAGUCUAGCCACCCUAUCAGAUACGCACCAAAUGUUACAUAAGACAUGCAAAGAUUUUGCAGACAAUGAACUGAAACCCAUUGCUGGACAGUUAGACAAAGAACACAGAUUCCCAGCUGAGCAGUUUAAAAAAUUGGGAGAGUUGGGCCUUUUGUGCAUAACCAUUCCUGAGAGUGAAGGCGGGACUGGUUUAGACUACCUGGCAUAUGCCAUAGCUUUAGAGGAGAUCAGUCGAGGAUGUGCCUCCACAGGUUGCAUCAUGAGUGUGAUGAAUUCCUUAUAUUUGACUCCUAUACAAAAUAAUGGUAAUGAGCAGCAAUAUGAGAAAUACCUUAGGCCUUUCCUUCAUGGUGAAAAAGUGGGAUGUUUUGCACUCAGUGAACCAGGUAAUGGCAGUGAUGCAGGUGCAGCCUCGACAACAGCCAAGCUCGUAGGUGACCACUGGGUACUGAAUGGAAGCAAGGCUUGGAUAACAAACUCUUAUGAAGCUGAGGCAGCUGUGGUUUUUGCUACCACAGACAAAUCUAAGUAUCACAAGGGUAUCAGUGCUUUUAUAGUUCCAAUGCCAACAGAAGGACUGAGUUUGGGAAAAAAAGAGGACAAGCUUGGAAUCAAGGCCACCUCAACAUGCACUUUGAAUUUUGAUGACUGCCACAUACCAAAAGAAAACUUGUUAGGGGCACCAGGAAAUGGAUUCAAAAUUGCCAUGCAAACCCUCGAUGCAGGAAGAAUAGGCAUUGCAGCUCAGGGAGUUGGGAUUGCACAGGCAUCCCUUGAAUGUGCUUUAGACUAUGCUAACAAGAGGGAAGCAUUUGGAGCACCCAUUGCCAAAACACAGGCUAUUCAGAUGAAGAUAGCUGAUAUGGCAUUAAGAAUAGAAAGCUCUAGGAUGUUGAUGUGGAAAGCAGCCAUAUUGAAGGAUAAUGGGCUUAACUUCACGAAGGAAGCUGCCAUGGCCAAACUUGCAGCAUCAGAGGCAGCAACAUUUUGUGCACAUCAGGCUAUUCAAGUCCUAGGAGGCAUGGGUUAUGUUACAGACAUGCCAGCAGAGAGACACUACAGAGAUGCCAGGAUUACAGAGAUAUAUGAAGGCACCAGUGAAAUACAGAGACUGGUUAUUGCUGGAAACAUAUACAAAGAGUAUUAUGGAUGAAAUCAAAUUAAUGCACGUACCUCAUGUUCAGAAAAACAUGUUAUUGAUUUCAUCAUUUCUUAGAAUAUCAUCAGUGUAGAGUUUUGAAGAUUAUUUCAAUACUUAAAAGUUUCAUUGGAGAUUGUUUUAUUUACAUGAUAGUUUCAAGCAGUGUUUAUAUUCUUUCAACAAUGGGUAAAAUACUUCACCACAUUUAACAAGGGAUGUGAGUGGAUGUAGUAAAAUAUACUGACAGUCAAUGAAAACGCAUCAGAAAACUGUCCUUUUUUACCGAGAAUUCCAACCAUAUAAAUGAGUACAAAUUUUUCUACCUUUAUCUCACCUUGUGUGACUGAAUAAUGUGUCAUAUUUCACACGAAAACUUAUUUUCUUAAUGUGCCAUAGGAUUAUUUGAUAAAUAAAUUAUGCAUUUUUAUUGACUGUCAGCAUAUCUAUGUUCAAUCUAAAAUGCAGUAGGUAGAAAAAAACUUAUUUAAAUAUUUAACAGAGGAUCUGUAAAUAUUUAACAGAGGAUAUGAUGGCAUUUACUUUAUUUUUUUUUUUGUUAAGUCCAAGAAAAAUAAAAGAUAAUUUUGCAUUAAUUAACUGAAUCUUUUUUAAGAUAUUCAGUUUUGAUAUUUAGGUGAAUAAAACAUGAUUUCGAGUUUAAAGAUACUGCACUAGAAAUGAUUUAUGAAAGAAGGUUGUUAUGUAAAUAGCACAACAAAUAAGUAAUACAAUGGCAAUGCAUUUAUUGAAGUGAUCAGUAAAGUUUGUAAAAUCUUGAGGACAGAUCUAAAUUAAUAAAUCAUUUUUUUUCUUGUU